AUGAAGACAUUCUUCUCUAUACUUUUCGCCAUCGCUGCAGUUGCAAUCGCACUCUACAACAACGAGUAUAUGCUUUCACGCUUUACCCAACUAUCAAAACACAUCCGGCCAGUUCUGAAUACUACGAGCACCACACGCACGAUGACGGCCAAUGCUACAACGAACUUCAAGGGAUUGCCCGUAAUCCCCGACGAGCCCCUCACCACGACUGCCCCGCGCAAGAUCCAAAAGUCGUUUCUGGCUAGCGAACAGUCUGAAGGCGCAGGUGCACGAGUACGGAGAUCUAUUGGGACUCCGCAACUCCGCAACUUCUCGCCAUUCCUCAUGCUCGACCAUUUCGCCAUUCCGCCAGGCGCUGGGUUCCCUGACCACCCUCAUCGGGGCCAGGAGACGAUCACAUAUUUGUUGUCUGGCGCAGUCGACCACGAAGACUUUGCAGGAAACGCAGGCACGAUUGAAGCAGGCGAUCUGCAGUUCAUGACUGCUGGACGAGGCAUCGUUCACGCUGAGAUGCCGCGACAGAACGAAGACGGAUCGCCCAACGUGGGCAUGCAACUAUGGGUCGAUCUACCGAAGGAAUUGAAGUCCUGCGAACCGCGCUACCGAGACCUGAGGGCUAAGGAGAUACCUGAAGCUACCGGCGAUAAUGGCAAAGUGAAGGUCAAGAUCAUCAGUGGACGCGCAUACGACACGGAUUCGCUCAAAGAGUUGGCAUACACCCCUGUCUGGCUGCUCGACUUCACAGUGCAGCCGGGCGGCACCGUGAAGCAGGCAUUGCCUAAGGGCUGGAACGCUUUCGCAUACACGCUCAACGGCACCACGAUUUUCUCCUCGGCGGGUGUAUCGCGGCCGAUCCCCCAAUACCACAACGUUGUCUUCGACAAGAACGGAGACAGCAUUGAAGCUGCCGUAGAGGAGGGUGCUGAAUCUGAGUCGCGAUUUAUCCUCGUCGCUGGGCUUCCACUAGACCAGCCUAUAGUCCAGUAUGGUCCCUUCGUCGUUACAAGUCGUGAUGAGGUCAUUCAGGCUAUGACGGAUUAUCAAACACACUCGAACGGCUUCGAGCGCGCCAACAACUGGGAAUCUGAGAUCGGAAAGAGCAUGGUUCACUGA